AUGCUCGCAAUACAGAAGUCCGACUCCAAGCACUGCACGCCCCACCUCCUCCCCGCGCGCAUAAACCACAAUGGCCCGAUAAACUCGACACCCCAAUACUGGGCGCCCAGCGUCGACGAGAAAGGCACACGACACGUCCACUUCCGCGGCCGCCACCUCCACGGCACCCACCUCGCACUGCCCGAAAACUACACCGGCGCCGUGCUGCACACAACGGAUAGACUCGCCCCAGCACAGCCCGCGCACACGCGCACAGCGGACGCUUUCAGCGCCAACGAGGACGAGAACGACACCGAGGACGAACCAGAUGCGCGUCCCGAGGAAGUCAAGAUCGCAGUGCAGAUCGGCGACUUCGACGCGCUGGUGGUGUGGGGACACGGGGCGGAGGUGGACGGGGAGAGCGACGCGUUCGUCAGGGGGAUGAGGGAGUGGAUUGGGUUCGCCGAGGCCAUGCACUGUGACGAAGACCAAGACCAAGACGAAGAUGAGGACGAAGAGGGGGUCGGAAGAGCGAGGAGAGACACAUCGUGA